AUGGAUCUCUCCGAACUCUCGGCCGGGACCCCUAAAGUCCUAGAUCACUAUCUUGAGCUAUUUCUGAAAUCAACUCUUCCCCAAGAAAUGCUGCAUUUCCGCUCAGCUCCGGUAACUCCAGCAAAUUAUGCUACUCACCCAGACAUACAGUUUUUCCGGCUGGUUAAAGCUAAUCACCACUAUGCUUACCAUAAAAUGAAGACUUCGGGUCUAGAAUCGUCCGUUGACAAUAUUAACGGCCGCUCCACACUAUUUGAUCCAUAUUCGCGUGAGUUACUCUUGCAGAGACUUCGAACCUUCAAUGCUCUCAACUGGAAUAUUCCACCCGGUUCCGGGGAAGAGUCGUUGACAGAACUUGUCUGUGCUGCUGGUGGAUGGGCAUGUGAGUCUAUUGCUCGCAACAACAACACGAAAAAUCAUCUAAAAUGCACUUCUUGUGGACAUGAACUUGUGCUCCGUUUCAAUUCCGUGGACCAGCAGCCUGCGUAUGUUCCAUUCCAGUUCGACUUGGAGGACAUUAACCAACUCAACAACAACUUGAAGUUGCUGUACAUCGAACAGAUACGAACUACCGGCCAUGUCGAGACCUGUUCGUGGACAAAAGUCCAUACUCCGUUAGCUGGUGUCUACUACCUUACACCUUACAUCAGUGAAACUAACGAAAUCCUAAUAGGCAACUACCUCAAGUGCUUACGUAACCUUACAGACAACUUACCUAUACUUCUGGAGCAUUCCGGUAGUAUCCGCAACUUGUCACCUCCAAUCUCAGUUGAUGACCUCACUCGAUUGGUAACUGUGUCCAACAAAUGGCUUCUUGCAAGGUAUUUCCAUGACAACAAGGAGAACUUCUCUGUUAUCCUCGAACGCAUGUGCCCGCCAUGGCUUCAUUCACUAGCACUGAUGGGCUGGGACUUAAACAUCCAAACUUUUUCGUCGCAGACGGUGCUUUUGCUCGUUUGCACAGAUUGCAAUCAACGAGUCUUUAUCAAGCAACAUGGCCAGCAAGAACAAAUUCAAUUGCCCAUUCUCAGUUCGUCGAAGAUCUUGACUCCCUGCAAGUUUCCGCCACACACAGCACAUCUGACGAUUGGCUUUUCGACAGAGUUUAUGGACGAGAUGGAGGAGGAUGAGGAGAUUGACCCUUACUACUGCCAUAAGCCUUGGUGUUCACAUAUCCAGAAUGUUGGAGAUAUUCCGUUCUUUGAAUAUUUCAAGAACAUGAUGUACGAUCUGGAGAAGAACAUUGGACGACAAGGUGAAUAUCUCUCGGAAAAGGAUCAGGUACUCAACAUGGAUGGGCAGGUUACAAAGAGACGGAAUAGCAUUGAUAUUGAUGAUGGAAUUGAGAGGUUGACUAAGCUCCGGAAGCUCUACUUCGUGGAUUGA